AGUAAACUCUCUGUACAACGUUCGAUCAUUUCUGCUGAAUAAAAGGCGCGCGAUAGCUCGGUGUAUCGUAGUUCGCUAAAUGAUCUUAUAGCAUUUGUUUUUAAUUUUGGUUAAGUUAAAUAAAGAUGUCUAAAUCGCAGACUGUUUCCAUCAAGGAUCUAACAGAGGAUCAAAUUCAAAAGGCUUUUGAGAAAACGUUGAAUCAAUUUGAGCCAAUUCCAGGUAUCAGAUUAGUCCGUAUUACUGAAGAGUACUAUGAAAAAGCUGUCAAUUUGUGUCGUGAUCAUUUCCUGCCUAAUGAACCACUCUCAAAAUCUGUCGGUCUUACAUGGAACGAGAUAAUAGAGGCUUACUGGCUGGAGGCACUUCAGCUCAAUCUUUCCAUUAUGCUCGUUGACGAGAGCACAGACGAAGCUGUAGGCUUCAGAACAAUUAGAUAUGCCCUAAAAGAUGACAAAUUAGAGUUCGGUGUUGAGCUUCCAGAAGAGUUGCAGAUACUUCUAGAUUUUACCGAGUACUGUGACAAACAAGCUGAUUUCUUUGAUCAUUUCGGCGUUACUGAGACAUUUCAUUUUCUGUCACUUGUUGUUUCACCUAAAUAUCAAAGACGCGGCUUUGCUUCAAAGAUAGUUCACGCUGCAAUGGAAUUGGUCAAAAACCUCGGUAUCGACAAUGUUUGUAUCAAAGGGGAAGGUUCAUCAAACUUUUCAAAAAAGAUUUACGACAAAGAAGGAUUCGAUGUUCUGUAUGAACAUAUGUACGAUGAAUGGGAGGUAGAUGGUGAAAAACCUUUUUUAAACACGGGAGAACAUAAAUCAGUUAAAGUAUAUGGGAAAAGAAUUCGUUAAUAAUUUCAAAAAGGUGAAGGCACGAUGACAUUUUAUAUAGAUUUUAAAAUGAGAUGCGAUAACAAUUUGGCAAAAAUAUUUUUAAGCGUUUGGCAUAAGAUGUGACACUUUCACUAUCAACGGAAGCAAUGGUUUCUCUAAUGUUAUCAUUUGUUUAAGCAAAAGAUGUACAUGUGUUAAUAUAUAAAUGACAACAUAAAUAAUAAAGUUGUUCUAUUUUACUGCCAUUUCUCUAUGAUGUUUUAUAUCAUUUCAAAGCAUACUUCAAAUGAAAGUCUUACUUUGUAUAUUUUGUUUUCUUUCAACUGAUUAUGGGUUCAAAAACAUGUCAUAAACCAUUAAGUUAUAAAUCAUAGAAGGCUACAUCUAAUGCUACCUUUAUGUCAAUCUACGUUAAUGUGAAGUCAAAUAGCAUGUCUGUAAUACAUUAGAAAGUACGUUUGGGAAACUAUAUAAUAAAUAUUUCUAUAAAUUAAACCAGAAUAAAAUAAAACAAGAAUAUAAUUAAACGAUGUGAUUGACAAAAUAUUAAACUUAUGAUUUAUAUUAACGUGUACCACCUAUUAAUCAAAUGCCACAUACAUGUUCAGCUAUCAUUUUGUUACAGCGUCAGUUGAAGAGUGUUGUUUGUAAUUUAGACAUUCAAACAUUUGUUUUACAGAAAACGGUUGAUAAACUGUAUGAAUAAGCAAUAAAAUAAUCAUUGAUUCUUA